UUUAUUUGCAAUUUUAAUUUAAUUGACAUAUGAAAUUAAUUUUGUGAUCAAAGCUGCCCAAACCAACUACUAGCGUGUCCGUAGGACCAAAAACCUAAGCUUAACUGUCACCCUUGGAGAGAUUUAAUUAUAUAAAUAACUUGUUCAAUUAUUCGUAUUUAUAUUUUAUUAGCAAAAACUAUCCAAAACAUGAACAAUGCUUUGUAUUUAUAUUGUAAUGGCAUAGAAUUUUUUCUGUAGAUUGCAAGAUUUAUGCACUUUGCUACGGGUGGAAUCUUUUCGUUUGUGGGAUGCUUAGUCUUGUAAAGUUAGUUUUAAAGUAAAUUUCUAAAAUUAUAGAAUAAUUUUUCAUUUAUUUGAAUUUAAUUUUGAAUGACUUUUUAAAAUAUUUAAAAAUUUUUUAAUGUAUUAAAAACUUGAUUAUAGAAAUUAGGUAUUCCCGUCACCGACGAACAAAUUCGAGAAAUGGAGAACUUUGUGGGCAAGAUCGACUUUCGGCAGGCGGCCGAAGAAGAAAAACUGACCAGACACGACGUCAUGGCUCACGUUCGAGUGUUUGGCAAGUGCUGCCCGGCGGCGGCUCCGAUCAUUCAUCUCGGUGCCACGUCUUGUUACGUUGGAGAUAAUACGGAUUUAAUAAUGAUGAGAGAUGGACUGAAUAUUUUGUUACCAAAAUUAGCACGCUGCAUCCACAAGUUGGCAAAAUUUGCCGAAGAUUACAAGGACCUGCCAACUCUUUCUUAUACACACUUUCAACCGGCUCAGCUGACGACGGUCGGCAAACGUACCUGUCUCUGGGUGUCAGACUUACUCGCCGAUCUGAGAAACUUAACCAGGGUGCGCGACGAAUUAAAAUUCAGAGGCGUGAAGGGAACGACAGGAACUCAAGCUAGCUUUCUACAGUUAUUCAAUGACGACGAAGCAAAAGUAAGUAAGACAUUUCUUAUUAGAGAUUUUAUAAUCUGUUUUUAAUUAUUUAAGUAUAAAAUUAAAAUAUUACAAA